CUUCUCUUCUAGGGUACUAACGAACAAUGUUGCCUUGAACUUGCUUCACCAAUGUCUCUCUUACUGAGCAUAUUAAGAAACAUGCUGGCAUAUUUUGGUGUUCCUGUAGACCAGGAUUUGUUGAUUUGGCAAAAUAAAGACUAUGGGUCAGCUCGGAGUAUCAUUCGUAUGAUUGGGAGAGUGCUUCCUUUAGAACCUUGUCGAAGACCUAAUUUUGAGUUGAUCCCUCGCUUGAACUCUGAGGAUUCUGAUGAUUAUGAACCUGUUGUUCCAUCUUUUGCUGAUGUUUUGUGUGUGGCAAAUGAUGAAGAAGCCAGUUAUCUCAGAAAUCGACAUGGUCUAUGGAAAAAGGAGGAGGAAGGGAAAAUUGCUCUUUUCCAUUCUUCAAAACUAAUUUGGGAUCCAUUGUCACCUGCUCUAAGACAGAACAAACCAGUGAAAAAUGAUCUGCCAGCAAGUGAGGCUGCAAUUAAAAAAAUAGCUGCCCUUGAAGAUGAGCUCACUUUUCUUAGGGCUCAGAUUGCUGCAAUUGUGGCAAUGCAGGAGCGGAGAGAGAGCGAAGAGACUGGCUUCUGUGACCUGAGUGAUGAACCCAGCAUGGAACAAACGCUGUCGCCAUCACUGACUGCUGGCCUGAGUGAGGAGCCAGAUCUCUCUCCAAGUUCAGUAUUUUCUUCUUCUCCUCCUCCUCCACCACCUCUGCCUCAGUUUUCUCUCCCGCCAUGUUUUCCUCCUGUACAACCCGGAUCUGCUAGCAGAGAUGACCCAACAGCUGCCGUGGGAAAGCAGCACUCAGGUGUUCACAAGAUGAGUGGUAGCCAUUGCUCAGAAAGCUGUGGAGUUAGUGAUGUUCCAAACAUGCUGGAUGUUCUAAAGGACAUGAAUAAGGUCAAACUCCGUCCCAUUGAAAGGUCACCAGGUGGUAGACCCAUUCGGAAGAAAAGACAGAGUUUACAAUGGGAUCCAGUGUCGUUAAUAUCCAAUGCACUUAAGAAGAAGUUUGCAUUUCAGGAUGAUUCCUUUGACAACGAAAAUAGAUCUUGGGAGUGUUCUCCAUUUUCGAGUCCAGAAACUUCAAGGAACAUCAGUGAUCUAAGAAGAACUGGUAAUAUAAAAGCAGUUAUUCAAGGUGUCAGAAGUGAAAGCUGGGCCUGCACUUGGAAAGAUAGAUAG